CCGGGAAAUUGUAUUUUCAGAAAACGAACAAGGACAAAGAAACAUAGUCGUUGGAAAGGAUGCGUUAGUGCAGCUUUUGAUAAAAGACGGAAAUGGAAGGACAGGAGAUUUGUUGUGUGUGUGCCAGGAAUGGGAAAACCAGCAAGCUGAAGACCUACCAAAUCAACUUUGAGGAGGCCAUUCGGUUUUGUGAGGAUGAUGAGUGUACAUAUCCAGCUGGUAUGGAUAAUUCCUCAUGGGUGCUCAACAGAAAAUUCUCAGAAUUGGAAGUCAACAAACCAUCAACGAUGAAAAAGAAAAGUCUACCACAGUUGUCCCAUCCUUCUUCAAUAAAACACCCUGGCAACAACCAUAGAAGACAAAAGACUGAAUCCAAAAGUCCAUCAUAUGUAAAUGCUGAUCCAGUAAAAGCAAAAUUAAGCACUAUACAAAACCACUUGAAAAAUGAAAAGGAUGAAUGUGUACCAGCCUCUUCCAUUUCAUCCACAAAGACUGGACAGACAUUUUCAUCCUGCAACAAGUUUCAGAAUAAAUCAGGAUCUAAAAAUUCAUAUCCGGCAUUCUCUCUAUCAAAGGAUGUUGUGAAGCAAAGAACAAAGGCAGCAACAUCAAAAAAAGAGGAAGAAAUAGGGAUGCCUUUAAGUUGUAUUAAAUCCAAUAAAGAUAAAAAAAAUCUGAAGGUGAGUAAUUUUGAUGCUACCAUAGAAACAAGAUUAGUUGGAAAGGAGACAUAUUGUCCCAGCACAGUCGAUCAGUUGAGAACAUUUUAUCCUCAGUGGCAAAACAAAGAUGCUCUUUGCUGGAUGGAUGUUAUACUCUGUCUGCUAGUUCAUUGUAAACAGGUAAAUAAGUUAUGUUCUGGGGACCAGGGUUCAGAAUCUUCUAUGGUGUGUACUUUGGUGAAAGCUUAUGAUCAAGCGGUGGCAUUGAUGAAUGAAAGACCUAUAACAUCCAAGACUGUUUGUUUCCCUUCUGAUGUUAAUAUGACAGUAUUGGAUGAUACCGGUGUGAAAACCCACGUCAACUCGACUUCUACUUUAUUGUCUGAGGAAAAGUUUGAGACACAAUGCAUUGGGGAAGACACAAGUAAUUUUACAACAACUUCCACCAAGCAUGAGGAUGACGUCAAAACUGGUGCAGGACUUCAGUUACUGAAAUCUGACUUUUUACAAUUAAUGUCUUUGCAUAGUCACUCUGAAUAUUCCAAAGCAUUUGAUCUUCUUGGUGAUGUUAGGGAGCAAAUUUGGCAUCAACUUCAUCCUCGUCUACGUUGUAAGAAAGGCCAGAAUGACAGCCCUGUAUUUGCUAUCCCCUUGCUGACAAAAAACAGCAAGGAUCUGGAGCAGCUAUUGGCCAUUAAGUACAGCUUUCAUUUUGAGUGUACAAAAUGUGGAUUCCAAGACAUAUUUCCUCAAAAUAAAGUGCUACCCACCUUCCCCAACACAGCACAGAAGUUUUCAAUGAAGGAUCCUAAGUUCUUGCGGCCAUGUUUUCAGUGCUUAGCUGAUGGUCAGACUAUGACGAUGAGAUUUGAAAGACUGCCACCAGUGCUCAUGCUCCAUUUUCAAGAAGGUCUUCACAGCAACAUAUUCUCAAGCUAUGAUUUCUACCAUCAGAAUCGACUUUACCAAGUCACAGGAGUUAUCCAGUAUAGAAAUGACCCUGACCACUUUAUAGCUUGGAUACGCAAUCCAAAAGAAGAGCUUUGGAUGGAAUGCAAUGAUUUGAAGUCACCUGUGUGUCAGUUUGAUCAAAGCAGUCCUGGCUUCCCAGCUAGCCAGGUCCAUAUUGUGAUGUGGGAGACCGUUGGCCCUGAGGAUGAUGGAAACAUCACUGUCCAAAAUAGCACUAAGUCGAUGUGUAACCAAGAUUCCCCAAGGAAUGGCAAUGUAGAGGUAUCCAUGGAAACUGGUGUAUCAAGUGAGAAUGGUUUAAUGUCCUUUAUUAUGGAGAAAGGAGGCACUUCUGAUAAUGUAGCAGAAAAUCUGAAUAGUGUUGCUAAAUCUACAACUAGUCGUUCAGUUUCUCUCCUGAAACAAAACUCGCUUAAUGGGAAUGCCAUGGGGAAUAAACAGAUGACAAAAGAUCCAUCAAAUAUCAAGGGAGGUUCCAAUGUCUGCCGCAAAACUUCAUUAAAAAGCAGUGGUAAGAAUGUCCCAUUCGACAAGUUAAAUAUGGCUAGUAGUCCGAGGCCUGCUGAACCCAAAAAAGAUCAGUUUGGAAAUAACAGUAAAGGUGUUCUACUUCAUACUAAGAAAAGUUACAGAGGUGCUUCAAAUUCUCAUAAGGACUGGAAAGGAUCAGCACACUCUGACAAAAUUCUUGAGAAAACCAAGGACAAUGUCUCUUUCCUUCGAAAUAUGAAAAAUCCCAGACUAUCACAAACUUCUUGUGAGCCCAGAGAUCAUCAGAAAAGUCUGCAAUGUCUACAAGGUCAGGGGUCCUUAAGUUUUCUAAGUCGGAUUCUAGGCAACAGUAAAACUAAGACAACAGUAUCUCCGAUUCUAAAAGGUAAAGUUUUUGAAGGAUACAAAUCCAGGACUUUUGAUCAAGCUACUUCUAUUCCAUCAAAAGCCAGAACGAAAAGUCUGUGUGGUGAAUCAGAUACAGAGUCCUCGGUGAGCAGACCAAAUAGUCCUGCACUUAGUUGUCACAGUGACUCCUUCGUCAUCCAGAAAAGAAAAGUUGAAUUAGUGUCUGAAAAUAAUACUCUUCCAGCUCUAAAACGACGAAGGUCACACGAUACAAAUUUCACCUUGAUUCGUCCUGCAGUGCACAUGAAAUCCCUUAGUCUUGACACUGGCACAUCACUCAGCAAUGAAGGACUAGUUUAUGAUAAAACAGCAGUCAGUGCUCUAUACACAAGCAGUGUUGAAACAAAAACGAUUGACAGCCAGUGUAGCAAUAAUGAACUGCUAACUUCUGUCACUAGGACUGACUGUACUUUUCAGGAAUCUGAUAUUCUACAGAGUCUGUACAGUGCCUUGAAUAUUGACAUGCCAGCAAAUAACGAUGAUAACAAACCUCCAGUCAAAGCAGUUGGAGCUGCGCCGAUGGAUGUUGAAAAUAUUCCAGACAUUUCUGAUUUGGACAAAUUUAUCAACAGCAGCUGUGAUUCAAACAUGGAAGACAACUUUGAUGACUUCUUAUCUGAACUGUGACUGAGGUUCGGGAAAGUUCUUUUUGGUAUUGUGCAAUGUUUGAGGUUUUGUUUGAACCAGUUCUAUUUUUUGUUUGUUUUUGUUUUGUGAAAUACGACAAAAGGUGCAGUAAAAUUGUGAUAUGCAAAUUAUCAGAAAUAAAGUGUAAUGCUGUAGAAUUAUGCAAAAAUCCCCCAGUUCAAAGAGGAAUGCCCCAUUCCUAAGUUGUGAAAAUGGUUGUUAACAACUUAACUUAAGGAAUUACUCUUGAGCUCUGCAAUUUUAGCUAAGAUUGAAUAAGCUUCAUUUCCUUCAUUGAUUUAUUAACAAAGAUUUUCAAUUAUCUGCCCAUUAUAAAUAAUAUAUAAAAAUUAAAAAAAUUGAUAGGUCCUUUAAAGAUGUUAUAUAUGUAUUACAGGCUUGUAUUUCCAGUUGCAAUCAGAGGAAUGUCCCUUUACCAUGCUAAACAUUCAUUGAUAUCAUGACUCAAUAGAUAAGAUGACUUGGUCUAUGUAACAAUAUUCAAGUAGUCUGAAUUGUUAGGCAUUCUAUUAACUGUGCAAUAUGCAUGCAGGGCUCUCGAUCUGCCAGAUUUGGGGCUGAUAUUCGGCCCUAUUCCCAAUGCAAAAUAGUAUCUUUUCAUACUAUAGUUCAGAAGAUAUUAUUGUGCUUCAUAUUGAAAGGUAUGAUCAGUUACACCUUAAGUUUUCCCAAUUCUAAGGAAAACACCAUUUUUUUCCCCAAUUCGAAGGGCCCCGAGCCCCAGUCCCAAAAUGGGGUGUGAGAGCCCUGGCAUGUGAAAAUGAUGAUUUCUUUCCACAAUUAUUGUUUGAUUGCCGACUGGCACGAGUCGCAUAUUUCCCUAACUAUAUUGGGCCAUUAUCGACUCCAAGCAGAUAUAGAAUGUUGAUAGAGCAUUGGAAUUUCAUCAUUUCAUGUUCACAUACAUUUCUUGCUGUUACAUUGAAUUGGAAAUGAUAAGGCAACCCAUCCAUAGAAGUACUUGAUGGAUCUUUUCUAAAAUUUAUGAAGGUUCCCCGUAGUUCGCAGUUACAUCAUUUUUGUUUUGUUAAAAAAAAAAUGGCUGACAAGCACCAUCUUGUGUUUGACUAGUUAAGACUAUUAUUGCUAUUUCUGAAAGGAAUUUAAGAUUUAAGAGCAAGAACAGAUUAAAGAAUAGAAAAGAAGAUCUGAUAGGAGAGAAGAAAAAAGAUUCAACUUUUAUAAGGACAAAUAAGCCCUAAGAAAUGUUAGCGGCAAGAAACCUCUGUAAUCUCUUGUUUAUUGAAAAGCUUUGAUAAAGUCAGGGUUUCUUAUGCAGAAAGGUAAGAAUGGAGUAAAUAACUAUUUUGCUUUUUCAAAAUGAAAGGAAUUUAGAAACAAUCCGGGAAAUAUAUGGGCACAAACUUAACAAACAGAUGAGUAACCAAGCUAACUCUACUGAAUGCGGUUGACCAAGUGGAUACAAUUUCAACUUUAAGAAUUCUGUGUAAUAUUAUAUGAUAAGUUCAUAUGAACAGAAAUCAAUAUUAUUACAUUUUCCAUCAUUUUUUGUACUCAUUAAGUUGAUUUGUACAUUAAAAGACUGGUUGCAAGUGGGAACUGGUUCAUACAAGUAUGCAGUACCUGUCAUGAUGAGAGACCUAUUGUAUACAGUGAGAAAACAGUGAUAAGAAAGAUGAAAGGGAAAAUGUAUUAGAAAAUUAUUGCUGUUGAAAUUGUUCUGACCAUGUUGAAAUACCUAUUGUCAUACUUUGUUAUUUUUAUACUAUUGUUAUU